AUGGUACUUGGACCGAUCACUCACCUCGCGAUCCGCACGCGAUGCUGGGCAAUACAAAGCCUGUACAAUGAUUACCGGCAUCCCAAAGUCAGCUGUACAGAACAUGCUUUACCCGAAGCCAACCUUCAGCCGCUAAGUACAACGGCACUAACCCGUAGCUUUAAAUAUAUGCUCUUGUGCGAAACGCGAGGGGGAGCUGCGCGUGACAGCGCAAAAGUGGUAUACCCGACCGAUCGCCCCGCAAGACAAUUGUAUGCUACCAUCGUGGCGCAAUACCCAGGUCCCCAUCUUGAAGCCAGGGUGCCGCUCCAAACGCCCUUCGCGCUGCGAUGGGCAUCCGGAGCCCCCUCACACACACAGCUCGAGGGUCUAACCGCUGCGGACCUGGAAGGUGUCAAGCUUCAAACAUGCACCAGGUCGAUUUCCUGA